UGUCAAUUUAAACUGGUUUUGUUGGGCGAGUCGGCGGUCGGCAAGUCAUCGCUGGUGUUGCGCUUCGUUAAGGGACAGUUCCACGAGUAUCAGGAGAGCACUAUCGGAGCCGCAUUCCUGACCCAAACGGUAUGUUUAGACGAAACGACCGUUAAAUUCGAGAUUUGGGACACCGCUGGACAGGAAAGGUAUCACAGCUUAGCGCCCAUGUAUUACAGGGGAGCGCAGGCGGCUAUUGUCGUAUAUGAUAUCACUAAUCAGGACACAUUUAGUCGGGCGAAGACUUGGGUGAAGGAACUGCAACGACAGGCGAGUCCUAAUAUAGUGAUCGCUUUGGCCGGAAAUAAAGCGGAUUUGGCGCAGAAGAGGGCCGUCGAGACGGACGAGGCUCAGGCCUACGCCGAUGAGAAUGGAUUGCUUUUCAUGGAGACGUCGGCGAAGACAGCUAUGAAUGUAAACGACAUAUUUCUGGCGAUCGCCAAAAAGUUACCCAAAACC